AACACCAGUGCUAUUAAUAUAUAUAUGGGAGAGACAAUCGCCAUUGUCUGUUUGACAGGGAGCUGUGUGGAGCGAGACGCAGGACUCGAGGACCAUGCCUCCUAAAAAAGCAAAGAAGAAGACGGAAACAGCCGGCUCCAAUGUGUUCUCUAUGUUUGACCAGUCACAGAUCCUGGAGUUUAAAGAGGCCUUCACCAUUAUGGACCAGAACAGAGAUGGCUUUAUUGACAAAGGGGACCUACGAGACACUUUUGCAGCAGUAGGACGCAUCAAUGUAAAGAGUGAGGAACUGGAGGCAAUGCUGAAGGAAGCCCCUGGUGCCAUCAAUUUCACCGUCUUUCUUACCAUGUUUGGUGAAAAGCUCAAAGGUACUGACCCAGAGGAGACCAUCCUGAAUGCUUUCAAGAUUUUUGACCCUGAGGCCAGUGGACACAUCAAGGCAGACUACAUCAAGCAGAUGCUAAUGACACAGGCCGACAGAUUCAACGAAGAGGAGAUCAAGCAGAUGUUUGAAGCAUUCCCUCCAGAUGUUUCGGGUAAUCUUGACUACAAGAAUCUGUGCUAUGUCAUCACCCAUGGAGAGGAGAAGGACCGAGAAUGAACAGACACGGAUACAAAGUUCCAGCUGCUCUCUUGGAAACCACAUGGGGGAAGGUGUUAAGAAACUAUAACACUUUGUCAAUGUAGUGACAGGAAACUUGUGGAAAUAAACCAUGUUUUGCAAGAAGCACUUUUUGUCAGUACUGUAUGUGAUAAAAUCAGACUAUAAAGAUUAGACAUGAGUUUGCUC